AUGCCUCACGCAGAACCACCUGCUUCCCUCGGCGGCGUCAACCUACACGUGAACGAUGGUCUCUUCUCACCGUCUGAGGUUGCACUGAUGCGAGUGUCUCGCACAGACGAACCCCUCGACGUCCUGCGGGAGCGGUACCAGGCAGACGGAUACGUCUUCCUAAAGGGACUUAUCCCUCGCGGUGACGUCCUGAAGGCCCGCGAAGCGUAUUUCGCCAGCCUGGCACACACGGGCGUCCUCAGGCCCGGCACCGUGAACGUCGAGGGCAUCUUCAAUAGCACUAAGGCUCCCACCGACUAUCCGGGCAUCGGCGCGGGCCAGGACGCGCUCGAGAGGUCACCGCUGGCGGCCGCAUUUGUGAUCCAUGCUUCCACGAUAAAGCAUGAUGCCCAAGGUCGGAUCAGGGUCGGGACUGAUCUGCGGUUCGUGGACUCAUCGAGGCCAUGGGACACGCGGUGGGACAAGCAUUAUGAAAUGGGCGAUGGUGUGUAG